AUGAUAAAGUCGCUAUUUCUUCUUCUGUUAAUUACAAUAAUAAUAUUAUCAAUAAAAAUAAAUUCCUCCAAAUGUGAGAAAGGAAACUCGACCAACUCGGAACAAAUUUUAUCAGAGAGCCGGCACGAGUAUCUGUCGGGCAGUGACGGUAAUAAUAAUGCUGUCAAUGUCAAUAACAAUAAUGAUAAGAAGCCUAGUCUCAUGCAGCGGGUCGGGAGUAUGCUCAUGAUGAUCCCACUGAUGAUGCAGGUAAAAGUUUUCUAAA